AUGACCAUAAGAUAUGCGAACGGUCUGGAUAUUGUCGAAAGAUUUAUAGGUUUCAUUAAUUGUUCCACCUCUAGAGAUGCGCAAGGACUGGCUACACUAAUUUUGGACACUUUGAAUAAACACCGUUUGGGUGAUGUUCCAAUUCUUGCGCAGUCUUAUGAUGGCGCCAGCGUCAUGUCUGGUCAAAAUCGAGGCCUACAGGCGAUUAUAAAAGAAACUCACCCUCACGCAAUUUACAUUCAUUGUUUAGCACACAAGCUUAAUCUGGUGGUUGUUGAUUCGUGCGCAAAUGUUUCACUGGCAAAGACAUUUUUUAACGGCCUUGAAGCUUUGUAUAUCCACUUCUCACAACCUGGUCAUCAUGCCAGCCUAAAAAAAUUACAAAGCACUCUUGGAAUUAAUACCAACCGUGAAAUGGGAAGUCUAAGUACUACCAGAUGGAGUUGUCGCUACGAAAACUGCAAAGCAUUACUGACAAAUUAUGAGGCAAUUAAAUUGGCUCUGGAACAAGAGAUCACUAAAAACCGAGACAAGCACACAGUAGAAGCACUCGGAUUGCUAACAAUUAUUACGAAACCAGAGUUUGUCGUCUCUUUACACACAUUUCACUCAGUUCUCGCUAUAGUGAAUGUACUGAGUAAAUUUUUUCAGACACAAAAUGCAACUCUUGGUCAGGCUAGUGAUCUCAUAGAAAGUACUAUAGGUACUUUUGAAGCAUGCAGGAAUCAGUUCAAAAUUUGGACAGAUAUCGAGCAGUUUGCUAUAAAGCAAGAGAUUUCACUAGAACCUGUUAGAGUAUCAAAACGGAGACGUCAACAAAAGGACUUUUAUACUGAGUUAACUGUGGGCAAAAGUAAUACAUUAGAUUUGCCGGCCGAUACACCACCAGAAGAGUACUGGAAGAUCAACAUUUACUACCAAGUAGUUGAUAAUAUUAUUGUAAAUCUAAAACGCCGAUUUGAAAAUGUACCGUUAGCUCGUGCAGUUGAUGCUUUUUUGAAAUUGGAUAUGAAGAACGGAGAGGAUUUCAUCAAUAAUUAUAAAAAAAUCUUAAUAAUUGAUACUUCAGCCUUAGAAGCUGAAGCGAUGGUCAUGAAAAACAUGCUUCAAUUUAAAAAUGACGAAAUGAAUGCUGAAAAUUUUAGAAAGCAUAUUAAAAAAGAGUACUGCCCUAAUUUAUAUAAACUUCUCCAAGCAGCAAUAGUACUCCCAGUGAGUUCCGCCGGCUGCGAGAGAAGUUUUUCUGCUAUGAGGCGGAUAAAAACGUGGCUUAGAAGCACAAUGCUUCAGGAACGAUUCUCUCAUAUGUCACUGCUCAACAUAGAGAAUGACACUGUAUUGCCAAAGUUUGAUAUUAAUGUCAAUAUGAACCAUAGACUAAGAUUAUUACAAUAUGGCGUCAGCCGUGAAUAUUUGAAUAUACACUUUAACACUUCCCCUUAG